ACGUAUUGUAUUGAAUUUCUGCGGCCAAAACUAUUAUAUAUAGCGAAUCACAAAUUUAAAAAAUAGUAAUAAGUUUUCCUCAAAAACCUUAGAUUAGUACAUUGUCAAGAGUUAAUGAUCUUUAGUAAUUACUAGAAGAUAUUUUAGAACACAACAAUGCCAAAAAAUUACGCGCUCUCAUUAAGCAGCAGUACAUACAAAAAUCAUAUAUUUGAAGGAUUUUCCCGCUUGCAACAGAAUGAUGAGUUUGUUGAUAUGACUUUGGCAGCUGAAGGGCAUUGGGUAAAAGUCCACCGGACACUUGUAGCCCUUGCAAGCCCAUACUUCAGAGAAUUGCUUCAGAGUUUGCCCUGUCAGCAUCCUGUUAUGUAUCUGUAUGGCGUCAGUCAUGAAGCAUUAGGGUUUAUUUUGGAGUAUAUUUAUACAGGUCAAGUAGAAAUACCUCCGGAAAAAGUGCAAUCAUUUCUACACACAGCUAGAGAUAUGCAGAUUGCAGGCUUAAAGAAUGUUGUACCACCUGAUGAAAAUGAAGCACCAAGGCAACAAAUGCAAAGUAAACAUGUAUUUCUCAAUACUAGGCAACCAUUCUCUGCUGCUGGAAUGUAUAAAACAACAAAAAAUGAUAACAACACCAAUUUUCAAUUAAAGGUUCCCUCCAUUGUUAUACCUGAAACUAGAAAUGAGAUUGAAGGAAAUAAUAAAUCAUUGUUCUUUAUGAAAAGUACACCAAUGCCAUUGGAGGGAAGUAAUGUAUUUCAAGGUACCAGAAAUAUCAAUGUGCCUAGGGACACUAUAAAUAUAAAUUUGGAUGAAUAUGCAGCAACCAGUACUGAUAUGAGUGAAGAGCCACAAAGUAAUGAAUUAAAAACUAUCAAAAAUAGAAAUGUACCCAACAACAUGAUCAAUCUCACUAUGGAUGAAUCAGCAGUAACAAAUGAUGAUACUAACAAAGAUUUGAGAAGUAAUGAAUUACCAAAUGUCAGAAAUAUAAAUACUUGCAAAGAGAUAAUCAAUUUAACUUUGGAUGAACCUGUGCCAACCAACAAUAAUAUUAACCAAGAGCAAAAAAGCUAUGAUUUUACUAAUAUCAGAAAUAUAGACACAUCUGGUAUCAAUAUGAGAUUGGAUGAAUCUGCAACAACCUAUGACAAUAUUGAUCAAGCAGUGGUAAGUGACGAGUUUCAAAGUAUAAGUAAUAUAAAUAUACCUGGUAAAACAAUCAAUAUAACUCUGAAUGAAUCUGCGAACAAUGAUAAUAUUGAAAAUGUUAGCCAAAAGCCAGUUGCUAAAAUUGAAAUACUUAGCUCUACUGUCAUUAAAAGCAAAUGUAGCAAUGCAGGUGUGAACUUGACGGGGCAAGGGCAGUUACCAGAGAUAUAUGCCCAAGCUUUAGCAAAUAUCAACAAUCAGAACACAUCAAAUCAUCAUGAAACUAACACACAAAAUGUUAAAUGUGUCAGUAGAAGCUUAAUGGACAUCAAUCAAUUAUUAGAUUUUAGAGAUGAUGUUUCCAUGGAUGUGGAUAAUCAAUCUGAUUUGUUGGAGAUACCAGCUUCAAGCAGAAAUAUUGAAGAGAUGGGUUAUUCAAGUAAUAGGGAAGAAAAUGAUGAAAUGGAUCAACAAAUUACAGAUACAGACACAUUACUAUACACGGUAUCCAAUCGGGGCGCGUUGCAGUUAAUACUGAACCGUUUUAUAUUCUGCUGCCACUACCAGCGAGACAAUGGCCACAAAAGGCGGUGGCGGUGUAUAGAGUACAGAGAUAAAAGAUGUUCCGCUUCGAUUGACACAAUUGGCGAACAGAUUGUGGCAAGAAAGCACAAACAUUGCCAUCCUAAUCACGAAGAAAAAAUCGGGAAGAAAAUGUCACGUAAAGAUGUGAAAAUUUUUACGACUAUUCAGAUGGCGCAAGAUAUUAUGAAACAAAAAAGUAAGACCUCGUAACUUUUUACCCUCACGAAAGAAGUGUUCUAUUGAGAAACCUGGUCAUCAUGGAACUUGAACAUAAAUAAAUGCUGUCAUGAAA